UUCUGGUGAAGGCUACAGAAAAAGGUCUGCUGCAUUAAAGUUUCCCAAGAGCACAGUGGUCCAUAAUUCUUCAAUGAAAGAAGUUUGAAAACAACCAGGACUCUUCAUGUUGGCAGGCGAUGGCCGUCCACCGACCAUCCCCAUCCCACGGACAGAACUUGAGAGACUCUGCAGAGAAUGCGUCCGGACGCUCUAUCCAGGACAAACAGAGCUCAAGAGCACCGUCUUCUGGCUGACAAGAAAACUCCUAGGGAUUCUGGGGGAUUACACUGAAUCAACUCCAUGUAAUCCCUCCCUUUGUUGAAGGAGCUCAGAUAUUUUGCUGUGUAUCUUUUUACUUUGUACUUGGACAAAUUCAUCACAGCUCUGCCAAAAGCAUGUCAACGAAAAUGACUUUAUAGCCACAGACUGCAGGCAGGAUAGAAGAAAAGCGAAAUAAAGCAUGGAGCCUUUAAGUUCUGCUGAUGAAGGAACUCCUCCCUCUACGCCCAUAUUCCACACCUCCCCUACUGCCUCCUCUCCCAGCUACUUGCAGUUCUUCUGGGAAUACCAGGACAUCUCAGUCCUCGUGCAGCAUUACAAUUACACCGGCAAGUUGCAAAAAGACCGCUACCGCGAAGGACUCAAACCUGAGGGCAUUGCGUUCCUGGUGGUGUGUCUCCUCAUCGUCCUGGAGAACGCCGUGGUUCUCAUAGCCAUUUGGAGGAACAAGAAGUUCCACCUGCCCAUGUAUUACCUGCUCGGCAACCUGACUCUAUCUGAUCUGCUGGCUGGGAUUACAUAUAUGGCCAACAUCAUCAUGUCAGGAGCCAAUACUUUGAAACUGACGCCGCUGCUAUGGUUCCUGAGGGAGGGAGGGGUCUUCAUCACUCUGGCUGCCUCUAUUAUUAGUCUGCUGGCUAUUGCAAUUGAACGCCAUGUUACUAUGGUGACCAUGAGGCCAUACCACGGGGCAAAGCGGGGACGGAUGUUGGCACUGAUUGGUGCGAGUUGGGCCCUUGCAGGGUUUUUGGGGGUCCUCCCUAUUUUAGGGUGGAACUGCAUCCAUAGACUGGACCAGUGUUCAACAGUCCUCCCGCUUUAUGCCAAGAGCUACAUCCUCUGCUGCGUGUCUGUGUUCAGCGCAGUGCUCCUGGCCAUCGUGGUCCUCUAUGCCAGAGUUUUCCGCAUUGUCCGCACCAACACGCAGCGCCAGCGGCUGGGCCUGUCGGGCAGCAUGAGGAAGGGCUUGGCGAGGAAGUCGGAGAAGUACAUCGCCCUCCUCAAGACAGUCACCAUCGUUCUGGGCGUCUUCAUCGCCUGUUGGCUGCCCCUCUUCGUCCUACUCCUCCUAGACUUUUUCUGCCCCACCCACAGCUGUCGCCUGCUCUACAAGGCCGACUACUUCCUGGGAGUAGCUAUGGUCAACUCGCUCCUCAACCCCAUCAUCUAUACUCUGACCAGUAAGGACAUGAGGAGAGCCAUUCUCAGGCUGCUCUGUCGGCCUUGUCUGAUGACUCGAGAUGGCCAGGUGAAGAAGAUUGGGAUGCCAUUCCUGGAGUGCAGUUUUAGUAAAUCUGAGGUGGCAUCCCAGAAGUUAGAGGGGGGAAUGGAAACAACCAUUUCCUCUGGGAAUGUUAUCACCACCCCAUCUCCUAUUAAGGCCCUUUACCCCAAACUCUUCAGGUCAUAAAGACUUGACUUGACUGAUUGAGUCCUUAAGUGUGUGAACGGGUUUCCCACUGAACAGAAGACAUGUAGCACAUCUUCUAUAGCGAGGAAGCAGUAAUGGUAUUGUCCAAUUUUGGAGAAUUGCCAGAAACAGAGGGUGUAUGAAAUGUUAUGGAGGCACAAGAGAAUUUUGUUUGGACAAAUGACUCACCUUGAUAAGUCAGAAGUGGUGUAGAACUUCAUUGUGAGAUGAUUACAAAACAAAAUUCCAUAAGGAUGCCACUCAAAUGUGAACAAGCAAACAUACUUUUUUUUACGAGUAGAUGCUAGGUAUAAGCCUCCUUAACUAAUUUGCACUGAAAUUUCACAAUGAAUGGAGAAGCAGCCUCAGAUUCAAUUUCCCCGUGGUUCUACCAUUUGUGUUGAGGCCUGGAAGGAGACGUCUGUUAACCCAAAGACUCUUAAGACGGAAAAAUAUGUAAAUGUGAUAUUUUCUAAGGCUAAUGGCGAAUGAGUGUGGUUGGCUUUGCCCCUUUUUGCAGUUUCUUAUUGAAGUGCCUUAAAUGCAGCAAAAAAAACGCCUGAUGUGUGUAAUCUGUGAAUCUGCAGACACCUGGAUUUUGCUGGUUCGAAAGGCCCAUGGUGUGUUAGAUUUGUUGGGAUAAAAUGUUGCGAGACACCCCUACACGUGUGAUGCAGGUAGACUGAGAGAUAACAGGAAAGAGAGAGAGACGGCGCUCACUCUUAGCUCAGUGAAGAAUGCUGCGGCGUAGUUGUGGGAGGGAGGAUCAACAUUGAAACCCCCCCCCACGCUCACUAUUUUGAAAUGACAGAUGGUUAACCUAUCUGAUGACAGUGGAAAGUUAUUGGGGUUUGGUGUACGGUGUUUUUAAAUGUCAGUCUGGCAUCUGCAGGAAAGCUGCAACAGCAAUCUAAACAACAAAAUGUCAUCAUAUAAUGUAACAGAGGCUUUCUUUCCAUCAUAACAUGCUGAUGGUUUAACUGAAACCAAAUCAACUGCAACUGCAUCACUUGUAAGCCUAAAUAUAUUUUACUUCAAAGAUUUCCUCUCGCAAACAGAGUUGUGGAUGUAAUUAAUCAUUAUCCAGCUGCAGGACUUUUAAGGAUAAAUAUUUUGUCUGCACUUGCAAGCUAAAUCGUACGGAACCAGUGCAAUUAUUACAAUACUUCCCUUCGGUAUCCAUCAUGUUAACAGAAUAUUUCCUGUUAUAGUUUAAUGUACACAUUUUUUCAUUAUUACGAAAUAAGUUUGACAUCGUUAUUUUUAUACAGAUGUUUAGAGCAGUCUUUCCGGACAUUAAUGGAUGAAUGAGACAGUGUGCCUUUUUUUGUACUUUAACUCUUGUAGUGAACCUUUUGUAUUUCUGAAGACUUUUUAUAUCAUUUGUUUUGUAAAUUAUAUGUAUUUUGUAACAAGAAAAUGU